AUGAACAGCCUGCUUCGAGCAGAGUCGCAUAUGAUGGCGGUUACCACGGCUGCUGCAGAUUCCGGUGGGCCUAGUCGCCCGGAGAGCCAGCCGGCUAGAAUGAACAGCCUGCCUCGAGCACGUGGGGUGCGCUUGCCCCGUGACGAGACGGGCCGUGCUGGUUAUAACGAGUGGGGAGCAAUGGAACGGAGGGAUGAAGAAGGGAGAGGGGUGAAUAGCUUACCGGUGCGGUUGGGAAGUAUUGGAAGGAGGGAUGAGGAGGGGAGAGGGGUGUCUAGUCUGCCGGCGGAGUGGGGAGCAUUGGAGCAGCGGUGGAAUGCGGUGGGAGAGGCGGGAGGGUUGGGAGGGGCGGGAGGGGUGCCGGCGCGAGUCACUCGCAGCAGGACGGAGGGCGGGGGUGGUGACGAUGGUGAGUGGAGCUACAGUGAGAACAACCUUGGAAUUGGCAGUGGCAGCCCAGGGGUUAUCACGCGCAGCUGGACGGACGGGGGAAAAGGUUGUCACCUAUCAACCCCCCCCACCCUCCCCCGCGUUUCCUCUUCCGCCCUUCCCCGUGCUUACCCUUGCGCCGUUCCCGGGACUUCCCCUUCUUCCGCCAAAUGCCCCUCCCCCGAGCCCCCCUCGCUGGACCUCCCCUGCGCGCGCUCCCCCCGAGCCUCCAAUGCGACCAAGCCUCGGACCCAAAGCUCACCUGCUCCCCUGCUUCGCUCUCCUGGCUCAGUCCCCCGCUUGACCCUCGACGCGGACUUGAGCCAAAGCUUACCUCCUACGCUAGUGCGCUCUCCUGGCUCUUUUCCACGCUUGACCCUCGACCCUGACGUGGGCCAAGGGUCGAAUCCUCCUCCGCUUGUGCAUUCUCCUGUUUCAUUGCCAGGCUUGGCGCCUCAAAACGGGUUCGAGAAUCUUGUUCUGCCUUCUGUUACGGGUGCAGCCAAGCAUGGUCUGGAGGCUGGCCAAAGGGGAGAGGGGGGCACGCAAGGGGGGGAAGGAGGGGCGCAGUGGGUGGGGAAUCCUGUUAUACCUUCAUUUACGGGUGCAGCUGAGGACGGAGAAAGGAUGCAGGGGGGGCAGGGAGCAGAGAUAGAGUUGGGUGCAGAGGGGCGGGACUUGGGAGCAGCGGAAAGGCAGAGCCAGGGGGUGCGGAACACGCAACCAGGAGCAGCGCUGCGAUUGGAGCUUGGAAUGGUGUUAGGGCAGGCGGGGCAGGUGGGGCAGGCGGGGCAGGUGGGGCAGGCGGGGCAGGUGGGGCAGGCGGGGCAGGAGAGGCAGGCGGGGCAGGAGAGGCAGGCGGGGCAGGAGGGGCAGGUGGGGCAGGGAGCAGAGGUGAGCGGGGAAGGACAGGAGGAGUUUGAUUUCCAAAGCUCACUGGACGAUGUCACAGCCGCCGACGAGGAGUUGGGGGAAGCAGCGGAGGAGGGGAAGGAGGAGGAGAGGGAGGGGGAGGGGGAGGAGGGGGAGAGGGAGGGAGGAGAGGAGGGGGAGAGGGAGGUGGGGGAGGAGGGAGGAGCGCGUUCAGGCAGCUGCUUGGGGUGUUUAGGCGCAAGCCCCCAUUCCCCUGAGUGGAGGCCAGGGCGGAUGAAGCAGCUGCUGCUUGGGGUGUUUGGGUUCAGGAGGGCGGAGAGUAGGAGUGUGAGUGUGAGGGAGACCCAGUCGCAUGAUGCUUCCUGGACCAGGCGCAAGCCCCCAUUCCCCUGA